UAGUCAACCUGUCUGUUGUGGAAAUGGAGACCGUAUGAAGAGAGUACAUUUCAAUACCCAUUUAACACACCAUAUUAUAUCUGCCUCUAAACAACUACUUUGAAAAGCCACAUCACCUUCAAAUGCAAUGUAAAAUACGGGAAUUAAAACCGCAGGAACUGAACACAAGCUGCAUUAUUGGACUCCUCAUCUCGUUACCUGGCAAGUCGUGUUACCUGUCAACUGAAAACAACUGUUUGGACUAGUUUUUGGCCUCCUGGCCACCAAGUCUGUCCAUGUUGAUCACCCAGGAAGAGGUUUAAAGAUUCUGCCGGAUUUCAACUUACCUGCAGUACAUGUAGUGGAGAAGAAAACAUCAGACUUCUACAAGCCAGAGAUAACUGUUCCAUUAUAGUCUCAUUUUGGGCUUGAUUUUAAUAAUUGGCUAUCCAGACUGCAUUGGCCAGGUACAGUCAUGCACCUAGAGGUAAAGGUAGCUCUGAAUUUCAUUGUGUCCUACCUGUACAACAAACUGCCCCGUCGUCGUGCUGACCUCUUCGGGGAGGAGUUGGAGCAGAUACUGUUGUCGCACUAUGAAGGCCACUGGUAUCCUGAAGCUCCUCUGCGGGGCUCUGCCUUCCGCUGCUUGCACCUAGGGGCCCCCAGGGACCCAGUGGUGGAGCUAGCUGCCAGGAGAAGUGGACUGGACACAGAGGAAGUGCGUGCCAAUGUCCCCCCUGAGCUGAGUGUGUGGAUCGACCCCUAUGAGGUGUCCUACCAAAUCGGGGAGAAGGGAGCCGUUAAGGUCCUGUACUUGGAGGAUCCAUCCGGCUUAGGUGGGGAAGGCGAAAUGGUGGAAGUAGUAAGUGGAGUGAGUAUAGGGGACAUGGAGAUAGAGGAGGCCAAGAGCUUAGGGUUCAACCCUGAGGCCCAGGUGUUUGUUCCAAUUGGAGCCCAGAUAUCUCCAGUUCUGCUUCCUUCCCUCUCCAGCUCACCCACACCCCUCUCGGCUUCAUCCUGCCCAGUGAUUUUCAGCUAUCCCAGCUCCAGCACACCCACGAACCCAACUGCCCACUCCUCUAACACAUCCACACCUUCCCCUCCAAGUGGGGGACUCCCUUACCUCCCCUCUCAGCAGCCAACGGCUGCCCUUCCCAGCACCCGUCCACCGCUGCAGCCCAUCACCUUCACCACGGCCAGUUUCGCCGCCACAAAAUUUGGCUCCACCAAGAUGAAGAAGUGUGGCGGUUCCGGAUCGGCUGGCGGCUCGGGUGUAGGCGUGCCCCCGCCACAGAGGAUCCUCUCCCGUUCCCCCACCAACAUCUCUCCCCCAGGGCUGCUAAAACACAAGCCCCUCUCAGUCUCCCUGCACUCCCUGGGGGCUCAGAUCCCCAGCCAGCUCUCCCCCAAUGCUAAAGAGUUUGUUUACCCGACAUCCCCAGGGCCCCUAUACUUUGACAACGAUGCGCCGCUUAUACUUUCACACUCAAGCCCCUUCCAGCACCCUCACCCCACCCACUCCCACCCCUCCUUUGACCCAUUCUCCAGCCCCCCACCUGGUCCAGCUGUUGGCACCAUUGGUGGUAGCGGUGGGAUUUCUUACAUUGAGAAGCCCUCAUUUGUAGAGGGUGUAGGGGGGUAUAACCUGCAAUAUCCCAGCCAGGCCUUCCAGCCGGUGGUGCUGGCCAACUAAGCCUUUCUUAUGAUGAGUAUUUCUGUUGCAGCAGUAGGGCAGUAAUGCUCAAGUAUUUUUUGCGAAAAUUGUUCUUACUGAUACUACAUCGUAGAAUUUGUUUUAUUACUACUACAACCUCCACUAUAUAUUUCAAUAUGAUUAUUUCCAUAUCAUUUAAUGUUCUGUUUUUUUGUUACGGAUUUUGAUUUCACUUUCUCUAACCAGAGGAGUAACCAGCCUCCUAUUGCACAGACAUUUUCAUUGAAUGUUCAGCAGAGUAAAAUGCCCUUCAGCUUUGGUCUAUUGACAGCAGUAUGAUAGUUAUAUUUUGCACUUCACACUUUGCAAUCUGCUCUGCCUUAGUUACCAAAAAUGCACAGAGGGGUUUGUGUGGGUUUGGUGAGGUCUUAUUCAUGCUAACAAGUGUUAAAUGUGCUCUUCUGUGGCUUAUGGUCAUUGUGAAUAUAGUUGGCCUGUUACUAGAGCCCUGAAACAUAUCACACACCAUGUCUGAAUCGGUUCGGCGUGAGGUAUCAGUAUUUGCCAUUCAUCAGCUCUGAAAUGUGUUCAUGGACGUGCUAAGAAAGGGAGCCUGUGUGUAGUGUCUUGGGAAUAGGGAGGGUUUAAUGUGCAGGGUUUGAGGAAAUGGAUCUGUCAUGACAGGAAGAAUUACUGCCAGGGAGGUCAGUGAACCUUGGUGAACGUGAGGCAAGUUGAACUUUGUCUUAGGGUAUAACGACUACUAAUCUCCCACACACACACACACACACACAGGCACAUAGAAUCUGUCAGCAGUGUGUGAAGGUGAAUGGGCGUUGUUGGAGGGGAAUAGGAUGCUGCUAAGCAAUGGGGAUUGUGAUGAAUGGCUUAGCGUGACUUUGACUAUGAAGGAGAGGUCUUACUCUGCAGGGAAAAGAGGACGGGGAGGGAGCAAGGAGAGGGAAAAUGGAUGGCGAGGCAGGGGCAUCGAUGACGUUUUAACGCCUUUUGGCAUCUUGGGUGCAAUGGCUUUAGACUGACACUUUAAAACCAGGAGCACGUUUCUGUAGAACUUUAGUGGCGUUGCAGCCAAAGGCCCACGCUAGGUCCCCUGCUCUUUAAUCCCUUAAUUAUCUCUGUUCCAGUUGCUGCUCCAGUGGGAGACCAGCAUCAUAUAAUGAGAUGUUUUCCUUUUCAAUUUCCAGGACUAUGAAUGUUAACUCAACCUGUGUUUUUGUCACUUUAUGAUGCCAUGUCAGAUCAUUCUCAUAUUGAUGGUGGUGAUACCCUGUCUCCAUAUAGGUAAUAGAGGGGGCAGUAAUUGUCACCAGGGUUCAGGCAGCCUCCUAACCCCACCUUUCCUUUUGAGCCAUCCAGCACUUCAUAUUAUUGGGCUAUAGAUCCCAUGUGACCCCCCCCCCCCCCCCCCCCCCCCAUUGUUACAGCUGCAUCUGCUAAGAAAUGUUGGUUCUGCUCCAAUGAGAUUUGGAUUUUGAUAGAAGGGAGAGUGUCCCUAGCCAUCAUCUGAAUGUUUUCUAGAUUGUUCCCAUAAACAUCUGUGUAUAAGCUAACAUAAGUACUCUUAACUUGUGCUCACACUGGUAAUUGCUGUGAUAGUCGGCCAUAUGCGUGUCAUUCAAACUGUUUAUUUUUCUUUACAUCCAGGGGUUGGGAGGGGAGGAUCGGAUCUCUUUAUAAAUGUAAUGGUUGUGAGGGAAGGGGUCAUUUUUACAUUUGUAAUUUAUUUUAAAUUUUCUAUAUUUUUCCUAUGUUUUUUCAAAAGUAAUGAAGUACUUUUGUAAAGUUGAGAGAGAUGUUAUAACAGUAGGAAUAUGUAUAUAUUUCUUAUGUUCAGGUUUCCUUUGUUUAGUUAUGUGCUGAAGUUAUUCUUACAAAAAUAACUAAAUAUAUAUGCAAGUUGGGAAUAAAAAUAAAGAUGUAUAAAAUGAAGUAUUGAAUGUGGAUUGUACCUUGUACAGAAUUUGUCCAAUAAAAGACGGGUAAAUGUAAUUUGUUAAAUUGGGUUUUUGAAGAGCUUCAGAGAUGAAUGUUUACAAUGGGUGGAUAGUCUGACCGCAUCAUUCUCAGUCUGUUUCUAAGGGCAGUCUGAUAACUUGUUUAAGAUUUCUGUUCCUUCAUAGUUUGUACACUUAAACCAAAAAUCUCCACAUUUAAACCAAAUCCCCUUAGUAGUGCUCGUAUCUUACUAAUUUUGUCCCUUAUUCAUUCAUAUUCCAUCUACAUAUUGUCCAGUGCCAUUAAUCUUUGUUUUAUACCACUAACCUUAUUUGUGUGCCUGAACAGUCCUACUGUGACUGAAUUGGCUGCCAAUUUUAUUCUCGCACAAAGACUGAGGGAAAGCAAAAAACCCAUUCCUGCAUUCUAAUCCUUGAUGAGUAUUCACCUCGCAUCCAUGUGGUAACAUUCCCCUGCUCCCGCUACUAUAGCCAUAACUAAAACUGUCUUUACUCACACUGACCCUGGUCCAGUGCAAUGUGUAACUAACGCCAUAUUCUAGACCACAAUUGUGGGAGGGUCUUAGCCCUUUUCAACCACAAAUAUUCCAAUACAUUUAAUCAAGUGUUUCAAGCAGGUUUAGGAGGAGGAUAAUCAUUGAAUGUGCUGUGAUUAUGAUCAGUGACUGGUCAAUCCUGGUGGUGGACAGCCUAGUGAUGGAUAGAGCUAUUUUUUUGUUCAUUCUUGUUGAUUCAGUGAGAUUUUUGGUUUCCAAAAUCUCUACGAGCAUCCCAAAGUGCUGCCUGCCCCCAUUGCUUAAAUAAUGGUCAGAUUACUCUUGGUAAUCGGAUGUGUGCUGUAUUUAAUUCCCUGUGCCUGCAAAGCGGGUCUGGAGGUUUGAGUGGUGGCCUGGAGGCCAUGUUGCGGUCACUGACCGCCUGCCAAUGGGAAGGCCAGAGGACUGUGACGUUUGAGGGAUGGGAGCUGCUCUACUUGAAGUUCUGAUGAUUAUAGGAAGGCAAUAGAUAUUGUUUCACAUUGGCUUUUUGGUCACAGGAUGGACAGCGUGUUGUUGCGGUAUAGUGGUUGGCUGUUGGGAUAUGUCUUGCGUUUAAAAAUGAGUAACAGAUUACACUAUCCUCCAUGUAAUUAAAAAUACUUGGUUUUUAAAUCCACACAAAGCAGGCUGUUCUACCACCAGGAUUGACUCAAAGUGAGGGAAAACAGAGUUUUGUAUUCUGUCUUUUGCUUAUCUACGUGUGUAUUUUAUUUAGCACUUUGGACUAUUUUGUUGUAAUAUAGAAGUAUUUUCUAUUUAACAUUUAAGAAUAACUGGAUAUAAUUGAAAGUAAGAUAUAUUAAUAUAGUACUCUUUUUUUUGCCUGUAUUUUGUUAUCGUUUUCCUAUUUUGUAUCUGAUCUGUACACCAUGUAUAUGAACCUUUCACUAUUGAAAUGCAAUGACCUGUUUUCUGUGCUCCCCCCAUGGGAAAGGGGACUUACUACUGCACUUUCUUAUUGUAUCAGAUUCUUUUUUUAAGUUUGUAAUAAAACAAUUGCAAAAAUAAGCAUGGA